AUUCGUAAGGGUUUCUCUUUGUCGUUUGCCAUUUUUGAGAUAGUAGUUGAAAAAUCUGUUUGAAUUACUUCAAAAAACUUAUUCUAAAACAUCAGCACUCUUACGAAUAUAAAAAUAAAAAACCCAGAGUAGCAGACUAUGUAAUUUACAAUUAGCUUACAUAUGAUCUUGAGUAUGGCUAAAAGAGACGUACAAGAAGACAGUUCUUAAAAUCAGAUUUUGAUCUUUCCGUUAAUUCACUCGAACAACUUAUAAAAAGGUAUAUUUAAUUGGGUUCUAGUGAGUUUAUGCAACCAUAAAGAGGUUUAUUGAUUAGAAAAAAAAAGAUUACACCUCAAAAAACCUCGACUUAUAUAUAUUGUAAUACUAGUUUCAUAAAAGAUGUGUCAUAAUAUCUUUAAACAACAUGUUAAAAAAGGAGCAAUUCUAGGAUGUUUUCUUCCUUACCCCAACCAACCUUUUCCUCGUCUACUGCCUUUCGUUUGUCUGUCGAUUUAAAGCUGAUGAUUUUAUGUCAUUGAUUUCAGUUCUAUCUCGAUGAAAGUUUGAAUUUGGAUUAUUAUUCUGAUCAUUCAACUAUUUUAAGUGAAGAUAUACAAAUUCUCAGUUAAACAGCAAUCAACGAUGGCUACAAAAAACAACAAUAAUCCAAAUCCUCGAGUUGGAGCUUCACAGAAAAAUAACUUUCUAACGUGCAUGCGAUGCAAACAAGCUAAAGGUCGCAGUGAGUACAACGAUACUCAAUGGCAGAAAGGAUAUCGACGUUGGAACGGUAAAAUUAUCAGUCUUCCUAAUCCUAAGGCAAUUUGUUCAUCAUGUACACCUAAACAAGCUUCCAUACUAAACUGCUCUGCCUGUGAUGAAGACAAACCUCUAACUGCAUUUACAAGGUCACAACGAUGUAAGAUGGCUCCAAGAUGUCAAAACUGUGUCAAAGUUCAAAGAAAUGAAGGCGUUGAGGACCAUGAUGAGGAAGCAUUUAUCGACCCUUUCGAAGAUAAUGAGGACGAUGACUUUGAUUUUGACGAAUAGGACUUUAAAGCAAACAUGUUAAACAAUCCCUAAACACGUUGUACUGAUCAUCCGUCUCUGGACAAUGAGUGCAUGUGCAGGAUAGAAUUAUUAUGAAGAUUUCAUUCAUGGUUUGUUUUAAGGAUUUUCGAAUAUAGAGGCAGCAUCAAAUGUUUAAGAAUGUAUGAUGUGAAGUAAACGAAGACCAAAGGAAGAAGUCCAUCGCUUUGUGACUAAAAAUUAGUUGUUCCUAAAGACGAAUUUUUUUGGAGAUCGUUUUAAGCUUCUUAUUAGAAGUACGUAUUAUGAAGACUUUAAUUAUUCCGCAAUAAUACAAUUAAUACAACAACUAUCGAAGUCCAAAUCCCUUUGUUUCAUAUAUCGCUCGAUUUAGUUUUCGCUCUAAUUUUUCUCUGGUGGAGUAUUCCCAAAUGCAUAGUUGGUUGAAGCAAGUGUGAGCAAUUGGAAGCUUCUCAGUAUCUGGUCCUAGUAUUGAAACGCGAAGCUGAAUACUUUGAAUUCCAGUUGCUGGAAUUCGAUCGCUUCCCGUCAUAAAGACGAGUAAUUUUCGUUGUUUAUCUUCCGUGAGACUAAAAAUUACGUCCCAAAGCCAAGCAAUUGCCGAGAUUUUUUGAACACUGUGGUUAUUAAGCAUAUGAGACCUUCUUUCAUGCACUCUACCACUCUGUCUACAUAUAGACUCACGGUUGUACAUGUCGUACGUGCAAGUUGCACGUAACAAAUCCCAAUUGAUGUGUUCUUCAUUCCCCCUAACUAAUUUCUCAAUCUCCUGCUCCUGAAAAAGCGAGAGAGCAUUUCCUCCACAGACUUUCAAAAAUCCCUCCUGAAAAGUCGAAAAGGGUGAUUUAACGGAUGUGUUUAGUAAAUAAUCGGAAUAAGCGACCACAUAUUCCUUCCUGUUUUUAUUGUUGAGGCUUAUAUGUGACCCAUCUUUAAUGAGUUCAACAGUUUCGUACCCUGUUCCUGUGGGUACAUUAAUAGUGAAAUUCAGUCCGUAUGUUUCUUCAACAUCUCCUUCGAACUCUAAAAGCUCUCGGAGCCCAUUAGUUAAUGAUGGUCGAAAAUCUGCCAUAUCAUUCAGAGUAAGGGGAAGUCCUAGAAGCUUUUUAUAGCACACGGGAGGUAAUCUUACAUCUAAAUUCACUGAAUUAUAAACAGCCAUACCCAUGAGCACGCCAACAAGAUGAUAGUAUUCUUUGUUGACGGAAUUAUUAUUAGUAUUGAACCAAACGUAAUCCAUCUGUUCAUCAGGAUAACUUUCGAAAAGCCCAAAACUAGGAUCAAAAAUUUCCCGACUAAGCAACAAAAGCCAUUCUUUUUUUAAUCCUCCGGCAUCUACGCCCUCUUCAUUUACAAAUUCGACUUUAAGAGACUUUUUAAGGUCAAUUCCUGGUUUGCUCACUUGUCGUAGACUAUCGGCUAAAAGAUGAUUCCGUCGUACGCGAAGGAUAAGGUAAGGUUCGACUGCUUUUUUAGAAAGGAUAGAGGAGAAAAAAGCCUCCCUCGCUCGAUAUUCCAUUUGCCGGCGCGUAUCAAACUGCAUGAUUUUUACCUUUGCUCCCAUGGAAAGUAGAAAAGGGUACUGGCAGAAUGUAAAAUAAUGCCUCUUUUGCUCCCAGAGCUCAAAAUCCUUAUUCAGGUUGACAUAGUCAACCAUAGUACAAUAAAAAGAACUUUUGUCAACAAGAUUCAUUUGGCAGUUAGCUCCAUACAAUAGAGCCAUACUGAUGGCUGCUGCACGAAUUUGCCAGUCAGCGUUAUAAGAAUAGUUGUACUGAAUUCGUUCGCUCUGCUUACACAGCCUUUGUCCAAUAAAUCCAUUGACAAGGUCUACCUUGUCACGAAAGAAUGUGGCAUUCCGAUAUGGACCUUGUGUAAACCAACAAAUGAAGUAUCGAUGUGCUUCAUUUCCAAGGUUGGAAAGGAUCCCAAAAAUUCUUUUCAAUAUUCCUAACUUGUUAUGCUUCUUAUUUCUUUGAUUGUACGUGAUGACUGGAUUCUCAAGGAUAAUUAACAAGAACCGAUAAUGAGUAAUGUCAUAGCAGUGUUGUUUAGGUCGUCUAAGCAAACUGUCUGUAGCUCUUAGUACUUCUUCCAUGAUAGAAGGAUCCAUACUCAUGAGUUGUUCAUACAUAAGCCAUAUAUCGUGGAAAUUGAGUCCACAUGUUUUGUGUACAUGAUCGGUAGUAGAAAAGGCUUGAAGAAGUAUGUAUGAGUUACGGAACAAACGGGAAAGAAAUUGUUGCAGAGACAAGAUAGCCAAAGUAUAUGUCUGUUUAUCUUUUUUCCGUCUCGCAUUUUUUAGACAGAAACGUGUUUCUUUAAUCUUUUGAAACACAAGUGCAGCUGAGAUAGUUGAAGGAUUAUCCUUUUUUUGAGAAUGAUCCAACCUGCCAUGGAUGGGAUGCAAGUCGUUUAUAGUCAAACAAACAACACAACGGAAGCAUGGCACUGUCUUGGGAUAUCGGAGACUGCUUCUGCAGCAAAUGCAGGUCCCCACCACCUGAAUGUUGUUAGUUGAGUUGUCAUCAUACGUUCUUUUAAUUACCAUUUCUAAUUCUUCUUCAUUCAGGCGGUUGUUAUGACUGUCUUUGGAAGAUCCCGGCCAUCGAAAUCCUACGGGAUUCCCACCCAUCUGCUGAAACACAAGCUCCUUAAGUUUCUCAGAUACCUUUAUGUGCGCAUCAGAAUAGGGCCGUGAGUUGUAAGAAGGUUUAUCUGAUCCCAAUUGCUCAUGACUAUUAGAUUCACAUUGUUCUGCCCGAGAAGUAUGGUUAGCAAGUUGGGUGAAGCUGUGUGCAGAAGGCAUUCGCUUUAUAUCUCGUUCAAAAUAAUUUUUCCUACUCUUCUAGUUCUCUGAUGAAGCAGUAAUAGGAAAAGUAAUUUAGAAGCGUCUAAGCAACGUUGCAAAUAUAGGGGGAGUGUUACGAAAGGUUCUUUAAUAUGGAUUGUUCGGAUCAGAUUAUCAUUACAAAAUUAUGCGUCGAAUACGACUCACUAGUAGUACACUACUAGUAUCUCAGCGAACCUGAAUUAAUGAUUGCGUAGCUCCCAGCUAUGACUUGUUUCGUCAACGUACCAUCACAGACUACUACUUUCUUUAUUUUUAGACGAAAGCUUGCAUAGGACAUGAAAGGAGGAAUGUCUUAAGCGAAAUAGAGCUUUUCUUGGCAUAAUGGUAUGGUAAACAUUUUUCGCAUCCAGGAAGUGUUAAUAUUCAACAAGCUUAACGUACGGUAAGGACACUUUCAGAACGUAUAUGGAUUGUUAAUUGCUUAAUUUUGCAAGCUUAUGUAGAUUAGAAUGAAAAAGCUAUCUAUAAUUAGAAAUUCCAAAUCCUUGGAAUUGUGUACAAGCCAACUUUUGUAAGGUAGUGAUUAUGAACUUCCUAUCAAAAUAAAAUUAUAUUCUUUCUUUUUUUUUCUACAUUG